GUACAAAUUUGGAGUCGACCUACUAUCCAGUUCUGCAGUUCACUCAAGCUCACUCUCUCCUCCAACAAUGGCGGCUGCUGCCAAUCUCCUCUCUCCAAACCCGACAACCCUCUCCACAAAACCCGCCAACCUUCAUUCGGAUCUCUUUUCCGUGACCCGCGUAUUGCCCUUCAAAUCCAAGCCCAUCUCGAGAACACUAACAUCUCUGCGGGCCCGUAUUGCUCCGAAGGCGGUUAUCGCUACAUCGGAGCCGAAGACGCAGAAUUUUCAGCAUUGCUUCACGAAAUCCGACGAUGGGUUUCUGUACUGCGAGGGGGUUAAGGUUGAAGAAGUGAUGGAAGCUGUGGAGAAAAGGCCCUUUUAUCUGUACAGCAAGCCGCAAAUUACCAGAAACGUCGAGGCGUACAAGGAAGCGCUGGAGGGUUUGAAUUCGAUUAUCGGUUACGCGAUUAAGGCGAACAAUAAUCUGAAAAUCUUGGAGCAUCUGCAGAAAUUGGGGUGUGGAGCUGUUCUUGUUAGCGGGAACGAGGUUAAGUUGGCUCUCCGUGCUGGAUUUGACCCUAAAAGGUGUGUCUUUAAUGGGAAUGGGAAGAUCUUGGAUGAUUUAGUCUUGGCCGCUCAAGAGGGCGUUUUCGUCAAUAUCGACAGCGAGUUCGAUUUGGAAAACAUUGUGGCAGCGGCAAGAAUUGCUGGGAAGAAGGUUAAUGUGCUAUUACGUAUCAACCCCGACGUUGAUCCUCAGGUUCACCCUUAUGUUGCCACGGGGAAUAAAAACUCAAAAUUCGGUAUCAGAAACGAAAAGCUGCAGUGGUUUUUAGAUGCUGUAAAGGCACACCCUAAGGAAUUGAAACUUGUCGGGGCCCAUUGCCAUCUUGGUUCUACUAUUACAAAGGUAGACAUAUUUAGAGACGCUGCUCUGUUGAUGGUGAACUACAUAGACGAGAUUCGUUCGCAAGGUUUUGAAAUAGAUUAUUUGAAUAUUGGAGGCGGACUGGGAAUCGAUUAUUAUCAUACCGGAGCUGUACUUCCCACUCCGAUGGAUUUAAUCAAUACUGUUCGGGAAUUGGUUGUUUCACGAAAUCUCAAUCUAGUAAUUGAACCUGGAAGAUCACUCAUUGCAAACACUUGCUGUUUUGUCAAUCAUGUGACUGGAGUGAAAACCAACGGGACGAAGAAUUUCAUUGUGAUUGAUGGUAGCAUGUCGGAACUUAUUCGCCCGAGUUUAUAUGGGGCUUACCAGCACAUAGAGCUGGUUUCACCUUCACCAUCAGAUGCCGAGAUUUCGACUUUCGAUGUGGUGGGUCCCGUUUGUGAAUCUGCAGAUUUCCUAGGGAAAGACAGGGAAUUACCCACACCUACUAAGGGUGCUGGAUUGGUAGUUCACGAUGCCGGUGCUUACUGCAUGAGCAUGGCAUCGACAUACAAUCUCAAGAUGCGCCCCCCUGAAUACUGGGUUGAAGAUGAUGGAUCUUUGUCCAAAAUCCGACACGGUGAGACAUUUGACGACCAUUUAAGAUUCUUCGACGGUCUCUAAGUUCGUUCUAGAUUUAAUUCAUCGUCUCAACAUCAUCUAUCCUGGGUAAGAAUCUCGGAUGCUGAUUUUCUUUUUCUUUGCGUCCUGAAUUCUGCUUGUGUAUUAUUUUGCUCUGCUGUUUCAGUUCAUAUUAAAAACUCGGCUAUGUGUUUGAUCCUUGUCAAGAAAUAAUUGAAUGUGUUCUACACAAUAUGCGUUUAUGUGUACACUUGUGCGUUUUCUA